AUGGACAAGCAAAGUAUCUCAGUCAACCUCUUUGGCCUAGGAUACAAAACCCCCCUCAUCGUAGGGCCAGUAGGCGUGCAAGGCCUCUUCCACAACGACAAAGAAACUGGCGUUGCCGAGGUCUGCGCAGAACUUGAAGUUCCCUACACCCUAAGCACAGCAAGCAGCAGCUCGAUUGAGGACGUCGCUGCAGCAAGUAAAUCCGGCCCUCGAUGGUUCCAGCUUUACUGGGUGCACGACAAGGAUAUCCUCCUCUCACUACUCAAGCGCGCCAAAGAGAAUGGGUUUACAGUCCUGGUCGUGUCCCUUGACACAUGGACGUUAGGAUGGCGACCUACAGAUCUCGAUCAGGGAUACUUUCCGUUUUAUUGGGGGAUUGGCAAUGAGGUGGGUUUUACGGAUCCGGUGUUUAGGGCCAAGUAUGAGAAAGCAGGUGGAAGGAUCGAGGAAGACAUUAUUGGGGCUGCGAAGGCUUGGGUCGCGGAGUUGGACGACCAGCCGCAUACAUGGGAGCAGGUGGAAUUUUUGAGGAGGCAUUGGGAGGGUCCGAUUGUUUUGAAGGGAAUCCAGCAUGUGGGUGAUGCGAGGAGGGCGUUGGAGACGGGGUGUGAGGGGUUGAUUGUUUCGAAUCAUGGGGGUCGGCAGGUUGAUGGUGCUAUUGGGUCAUUGGAUGCGCUUCCCGAAAUUGUUGAUGCGGUGGGUGAUAAGAUGACGGUAAUGUUUGAUUCUGGGGUAAGAACGGGGGCGGAUGUCAUGAAAGCAUUGUGUCUUGGAGCUAAGGCUGUUCUGAUCGGAAGGCCUGUUAUAUAUGGCCUUGCUAUUGGGGGUAAGAAGGGCGCAAAGUCUGUGAUUGAGGGAAUACUUGCAGAUCUGUGGCAGGGUAUGGGGUUGGCCGGCAUGGAGACAGUUGCUGAUUGUAGUCGGGAUUGCAUGAGGAGAAUCAAGUAUCCUGGAGACUUGAAAAGCAUGCUGUGA